AGAGAUUCGUAAAUAGAUUAUAUAUUAUUUAUCGAAUGAAAAUAUAAAGGCGUCCAGAAACAUGAAGACGACACGUCCUUGAGAAGUUUCAGAAUGCGGGGCGAUGAGGCCAGGACCUUGCUCGGGUUCCCUCCCAAUUAUCGCCCAACCCUCCCUCAGGUUAAAGCCGCUUACAGAAGGAAGGUAUGGGAGUCUCAUCCUGACCUUUUUCCUGCUCAAGAAAAGCCUCAUGCUGAGUAUAAGUUCAAAUUGAUUUCAGAAGCAUACUCUUGCUUGCUGUCCGAACCAGAAGAUGGUAAAGAAUUUCUGUAUCAAUGCAGAUUCCUUGACUUUGUCUCCGCCAAAGCUGACUUUGGACUGGAUUUGGCUAUAGAUACCAGAGCAGAGUUUGAUCCAGGUGCAAGAGGAGAAGGUUCAGCUAGUGUCACAAAUGCACGAGUUGUCAGAACCGGAGUUCCAAGGGCACAGGGGGGAAGAGGAAAUCCUGCUCUGAUUGGAGUCCCUUUUCUCUUUAUUAUUCUGGGAACAAUUGGACUCGGGGGACUAAAUGCUGCAAGGGCUUAUAAAAAGCAAAAGGAGGAAUAUCCUUCUCACAAUCCUUUUCUUCCUUGAUCCCCAGCCUCAGAAUGGAAUCAUGCUGCUUUCUGUUUUCUGUAAGAUCAAUGAAUUCUCUGUGGGUUGGUGUUGUCCAGUUCAUAAAACCCAAAGGAAACAUAAGGACAUAUUUAAAAGAGAAAUGAUGUUCAUCCUUGAUUUUAUCACCUGCAAUCACAUUGUAUUUGGGACGCAUUAUCAACAGUUUUAUAUGUCAACUAAUUAAAUAAACAGCCGCUUAAAAAUGUGCCGCCUCAGCAAGUGACUCGGGAUGACAAAAUCAAGGAUGAAGAGUAACAUUACUCAAUUCAAAAUGUUAUACUAGAGCUCACCAAAAAUUACAUCCGAAAUGGAAGAUAUUGAUAACAA